GAUUCCGUGUCAGAGGGGAAGCCCCUGUUCUCAGGGGGUGCUCUGCUCCAAUGAUGGCGUCGGUGGUUACAUAUGCCACUGUCCGGUGGGGUACUCUGGUCCUGCUUGUGAGCACGAGAUAGACGAAUGUGACCCCAACCCUUGCUACAAUGGGUCCACCUGCAUCGAUCAGGUUGGUGGUUUCAUCUGCCAGUGUCCCCGAUGGUUUCGACGGAGAAUUCUGCCACAUUGACGUAGACGAGUGUUUGUCUAAUCCUUGCCAAAACGACGCUCAGUGUGUGGACCUCCCCAAUGGGUUUGUAUGUCUGUGUACUGGUGGCUACGACGGAGCACUCUGUGAUCGUGACCAUGACGACUGCACACCGUACCCCUGUGAGAACGGAGGAAUAUGCCAGGAUUACCUUGGAGGAUAUGAGUGCAACUGUAGCAUGGGAUGGACUGGAGACCGAUGCCAGAUCGAUAUUGACGACUGUGGUCCCCGUUCCGUGCCAGAACGGAGGAACUUGUUACGACGAGGUGAACGGCUACGACUGUGUGUGUCCGAGAGGGUGGGAAGGAGAGGAUUGCGGAGUGGAAGUCAACGAAUGUGCAUCAAAUCCUUGUCAGAACGAAGCCAACUGCACUGAUCUGAUUGGUUCGUUCAACUGUUCAUGUGCCGAUGGUUACUAUGGUCCCCACUGUCAAUAUGAGCUCAAUGAAUGUCUCUCUAGUCCGUGUCUCAACGGUGGGUCAUGCCGCGACCUCGUCAACAGCUACUCCUGUAACUGUGCCGACGGAUUUGCUGGUGAGAACUGCGAGAUAAGCCUGUUCCCAUGCCGCGGUGACCCGUGUCAGAACGGAGGAACGUGUGUGGAGGAGUUCAACGACUACUCCUGUCUCUGUCCACCUGGCUACACCGACCACAACUGCCUCGUUCCUGUCGAUGUACAGGUGGAAGGACUCACUUCCAACAACGAAGGUGAUGAUGUCAUGGGGUAUGUGAAGUGGGCGGUACCUGUUGCCGUGCUGUUGAUCCUCAUCCUGAUUGUUGCCGUGGUGAUUGUUACCCUUUAUUGGCGCCGGAAGAGCAAGAGAUCAUUGCUGCCUCCACCCGACCUGCCAAUGGAGAACGGAUCUGGCAAAGCCUUUGCAAAGGAUCUCGAUUUUACAGUCGCUGAUAACCCAGUCUAUGAUCUCGAUGUUCCCAGUGAGUUCAGGACACCUCCCCCCACAUUAGGACACCCCCAUAAUUUGUCCUGAUCUAUCUCUCUACAGCAUGUCCUGAAACACAUGUCUAUGAAGCCCUAGACACGUACGCCGUUCCCACCAACGUUCCCCUGGAGACCACACCCCCAAAGGCCAUUCCAGCUGAUUACUGUCAUCCCACUCCCUCCAAUGGAACUAUUGAAAACCCUUACUCUAAUGUCGACCAACGCUAGCAAUGACUCAGUUUUUGACCAAUAAUUUCUUUCGCUUUUAUAGCAAAGCUCUGCUCAACUGAACUGUUAAACUAUCUGCCAUCAUCUACAUUUUAUUUUUAAAAUGU